AUGUAUACGCUAUUUCUGCUUUUAUUAUUAAUAAUUAAUAUAAUUGACAAAACAAAUGGUAAGAAAGAAAGCAUCGAAGAAGCGAAAAUACAAAUAGAAAGAGAUAAAUUAUCCUGCUAUAAUGGUUGGAUACCAUAUGCACCAACCGGUUCAGUUAAACACACUCAUUGUUUGAAGAUUUUAACGGUAUUUCGAAUGACAUGGCAACAAGCUGAAGAAAGUUGUCGACAGGUUGGAAAAGAUGCUCAUUUGGUAUCGAUACAAACAACAGAACAAAUUGGAUGGCUUACAACAGCGAUUGAUACAGAAAUAGAAAUGAAAGGAAAAUCGUUGUAUACAUUGUUUCCAAAAAAUUCUCCAUGGUUUGAUUCUGGCUGGUGGAUUGGACUUGGCCAAUUAUGUCCUAAUAGUGAAAUUGAUCGCAUGCCUUUCUUCAGAUGGGUCGAUGGAAAUUUAUUCGAUAACGAUAAAUUAACAAUCGGUGACGUAAAGCUUAUCAUACCAAAAUCAAAGAAAUGGGAUAAUUACUAUUGUGUUUUUUAUGAUUAUCAAAAAUCGUCUAACGGAAUCGUAUCCCAUCGAAUGUUUAACGUAACGAAAUGUUCGGAUCGUCGAAGAUUUAUCUGUCAAAUGCCUGCUUUUUCACAGGAUCAGCUUCUUCAUGGUGGUACUGUAGUAGCGGAAGAAGUAAAAGUUGUGGAUAACGGAAUAAGUGAACUUACCGCGGAAUUUCCAUGUGGUAAGGAUCCGUUAUUUUGUCCACUGAAAACUGAUCAAGGUACCGUAUGCUAUCGUUUACAAACCGAACCACUUUAUUGGGAGCAAGCGAUCGAAGAAUGUGAUUUAAAGCAUCAAUCUGAUCUUACUUCCAUUCAUUCAAAAGAGGAAGUAAAUUUCAUCUAUGAAAUGGUGCAACUACAACCAUCCGUAAGUGGUAAAACAAAAUACUGGAUUGGAUUGCAUCGAAGGAAUGCACAAAGUCAAUACGAAUGGUCCGAUGGUUCAUCGUUUGAUUAUUUGCUGGAACGAUUAUCAAACGAGGAUCCGGAAGAGGAAAGAGGUAUUUGUGUUGCAAUGCAAUUUAAUAUCAGCACUAAAUUACUACAGAAACAACCACUCUAUAAUCUUUUUGGUAUUCCAAUUCAACUGACCAAAAAUGUUCCAGCAUAUUUUUGGACCCAUCAACGAUGUGAUAAUCGCCAUUUAGCAAUAUGUCGUAAAUCAGGCUUUGAUUAUCAUUCACGUUCCGAAUUAUCUGCAAAGGAAGAGAGACGAUUGAAAAAGCAGAAAAAUUGGAAAUGUUUAAAUGGAUACAAAUUAUUCAGAGGAAUGUGUUAUAAAUUAUAUGGAACGGAUAAUAACGGUGUAACAUUCAGUGAAGCUAUUCGAAGUUGCAAAAAUGAUAAAGCUAAUUUGGUUAGCUUAACUGAUAUCUAUGAAAAUGGAUUUGUUGUAUCAAUGUUGCAAAAUUUAAAUAGUAAUGCAUGGAUUGGUAUGGAUAUGACUGAUGGACGUGUACGAUGGCUUGAUGGUGAACCAUUGAAAUUGACCCGUUUUGGUCCAGAUAAAAGAGUGAUCCGGAUUGGUGGUGAUCGGCAUAUUUUUCAAAAUGUUGGUCAAGCAGGUUUUUCCAACGAGGCUUGCGUUGCAUUAGAUGCUACUAAUAUGAUCGGAUAUUGGGAUAUUAUCUUCAAUAGAACCAAUUACGUUUUCCCUGGUGGUUCAACACGAGCCGAUAACAAAUCAAGCCAAUGUGAUAUAGUAAAACUACCAUAUAUUUGUGAGACCUAUGCAGUCAAUGAUCAUUAUACUUUUGUGGAUGCAUCCGAAAUUUGUGCAACAUUACCAACAAAAUAUCCAAAUUACGGUCAUCGAUAUGGACAACUUGCUCAAGCUGAUAAUAUUUUCGAAUGGCUAUUUUUAACAGCAAUGGCGUUGGAAAAUGAUUAUGAUCAAUUCUUCAUGGGCAUUCGUUUUCGGAAAUCAAUAGGGUUUGAAAGAAUUGAUAAACUACGAUUACGUUUAGCACCUUGGGAUAUUGGUGAGCCAAAUUUAGAGAAUGGCGAUUGUGUUGUAAUGAGAAUUGGAAAAAACGGUCCUGCUUGGUUUAUGGAUGAUUGUAUGAAGCGUAAACCGAUCGUUUGUCGGCUUAGCAGAGAGAAACCGAUGAGUAUGGUACCACAAACAGUACGUUGCCCAGAUGGUAAAGAGGAUUGGAUUCUUGGCGAAACGCAUUGCUAUUAUUUGGUUAGUAAUGCGUCAAUGUUCAGUUCGGGCUUUAAAGCGGAUCAUGAUUGUUUUAAGGUAAGUGCGGAAGUAUGGUAA